CGACGGCCGCACCCACGCUCUCGAGCUACGUUCACAAUCACAAACCCCUCGACAAACACUAAAUAGCUUGUAAUCGUGCGAGAUCCAGUUAAAAGCGAUUUAGUUACUUUUGUCGUACACUCGUCAAACUGAUGCACACAUUUAACCUAAAGCAAGGCCGAUUCACCACUGUUUACAGAGAGAGUCCGGUGAGAUGCUUUCUUUUUUAGCAUGCUAGCUAGCUAUUCGGCUAAGUAAACAACGUUCAGUGUCAGGAGCGGAGGUUGGAAGUGUGAUUUAACUAAGAAGAAUGGCUUCUCGCGGGAAAUCAGAAACUGGAAAACUGAGGCAAAAUAUGGAAGAGCAGCUUGACAGACUGAUGCAGCAGCUCCAGGACCUGGAGGAAUGCAGAGAAGAGCUGGAUGAGGAAGAGUAUGAGGAGACAAAGAAGGAAACUUUGGAACAGCUGAGUGAAUUCAAUGACUCUCUGAAGAAGAUCAUGACAGGAGACAUGACACUGGUGGAUGAACUCAGUGGGAUGCAGCUGGCAAUCCAAGCUGCCAUCAGCCAAGCAUUCAAAACCCCAGAGGUGAUCCGACUUUUUGCUAAGAAGCAGCCAGGACAACUAAGAACCAGACUAGGAGAGAUGGACCGAGAUGUCAUGGUGGGGAAACUUUCGCGGGACGUGUACACGCAGCAGAAAAUGGAAAUCCUCACAGCCUUGAGAAAACUGGGAGAGAAGCUCACUGCAGAGGAUGAGACUUUUCUCACUGAAAAUGCUACAGCUACCCUGAGCCAGUUUGAAAAAGUGACUGCAAACCUAGGGUCCGAAGACAAAAUUAUGGCUUUAGCUAGCUCUGGUGUGAAAACCAAAGCGUAGUAACGCCAUGAAAUGUUCAUUUUAACCCUGUGUCUUUGUUAUUACUAGGAAACAAAUGUGCCAAUUGAUUGUUGAUUUUGUAAAUAAUCAGUGCACUUCUUGGUGUUGCUGCAGAUGCUAACACUUUUUAACAGUAUUGUUUUUUAUCCCUCGACUUUUGUAAAUGUCUUUUAUUCAUCCAGAUAAGUGUAAAAUUGUAUUAUAGGUACGA